AUCCCCAUGAGCGACCAAACGCACUUCCUGCGCCGUGCGCGUCAACUACUUCGGGAAAGCCCCCUUGUCGAUGGACACAAUGACUUUCCCUACAUGAUCCGUGGGUUCUACGGCAACAACCUUGAUGAUGCACGUCUGCAGGAUACUCCAAUUGGCCAGACAGACCUUGAGAGACUUCAUCGGAGCCAAUUGGGCGGCCAAUUCUGGAGUGCAUAUGUACCGUGUUUUGCCUUGACAGAUAGCGAAAAACAUAGCCGACAACCGAAUGAGAUGGACCUGCGAGCAGUCUACGACACGUUGCAGCAGAUUGACCUGAUUCACAACUUGAUGUCCAAGUAUGCACAUGUAUUUGCCCUCGCAUGGAACUCCAGCGACAUUUUGCGCAUCUUUCAAUCCGGGCGACUGGCAAGCUUCAUCGGCGUCGAAGGUCUGCAUCAGAUUGGAAACAGUGCCAGCGUGUUGAGGAGCUUCCACCGCCUAGGCGUGCGAUAUUUGACUCUCGCGCACAACAAAAACAACAGAUUCGCAGACUCGGCGAAUGAUUCGUCCCAAAUUCAUGGUGGGCUAAGUUGCGACGGCCGGAGGCUUAUCCGUGAAAUGAACAGAGUAGGCAUGAUCAUAGAUCUCUCGCACACGACGGAAGCUGUACAGCUUCAGGUGUUGGACCUUUCAACUUCCCCUGUUAUAUUUUCUCACUCUUCGUGCUACACCCUAUGCCCACACCCCCGGAAUGUCACGGACCAAGUUCUCGCCAAGUUAAAAGACAACGGGGGCAUCAUCAUGAUUUGUUUCCUCCCUGAGCUCUCCAAGUCGGCGCCAGAUGUGGCAAGUUCUCUCCAAAGCGUGGCGGAUCACAUUAUUUACGCAGUGUCGAAAGUCGGCUAUGAGCAUGUGGGGAUUGGAUCCGACUUUGACGGCAUGCUUGAGGGUCCUGAAGGUCUGGAUGAUGUUGCUUGCUACCCGGCAUUGAUUGCUGAACUGUUGAGGCGAAAUAUGAAAGAGGAGCAUGUCAAAGCAGUGAUGGGUCUGAACGUCAUUCGAGCCAUGGCCGGCGUGGAAGCCGUCGCUCGUCGUGAGACUGAACAAGGCGUGCCUGCCUUGAAUGAUCAAAUACCGAGUAUCUGGACCGCUGAGCAAAAGCAGAUGCUUAUCAAACAAGGGCAGAGGCGAGGGUUACUGGCGAGCUCAGACCUUUGA